AUGGGCCUCCUCCCGUGUCAUCGCCACCCUGUGCCCGGGACGCAGCAGGCAGCGCCUAAUGACCGGCCGACGACUGAAGGCUGGAUGGGCGGGUGGCAGGCCGCGGUCACCGUCCCUUCGGGCAGUGGGUCUGGAAUCCCCUGGAAGCCUCAGACACCCGCAGAGCCGGAGCUGCCGGUGGCCGUGUGGAUGUCCCAGUCUCGGGCUGAUCAGCAGAUUGGCCUCCGGACGCCCGUUGACAGCACAGAUGCCCGGGCCGACGCCCUGGGGACUCCGACUCCGGUCUGGGAUGAGGCCCAGGGAUGCAUAUUUGUAUCGAGCCUCCAGGGCGGUCUGAUGGCUCAGGGGGUGGAAACCUCAGCUCCGGGCGGUUCCCAGAUCGCAGUCAAGGAUCCCCCUGGGCUGUCUGCUGCGAGGGCACAGCCAGACAGGAAACCCCAAAGCUCGCUCAGAAACUGGCCUGCCGGGGCCCCUGGGGGACCCAGCGCUGGCCUGGGGCUCUGGCCCCGGCCUCUACGGGUCUCCUGGAGCUUCACCCCUGGGCUCACUGAGGCCCGGCCUGUGGCCAUCACCCAUGGAGCAGAGUCCACGGUGGAGGCCGGGGCCUGGGCUCUGGGAGCCGUGAGUCUGCGGAACAGCAGCCUGGUGCUGCGGAGGCUGCGGGAGGGCGGCUCCUUCUCCUGGCCAGUGCCCGUAUCGAAGCCCCAGGUGAGGCUGAGUGACCCAUCCCCAGUGGAGGGGACCUCCGUGGCUGCCACAUGUGCAGUACAGGAGGGCACAGAGCCCAUGACGUUCGCCUGGUGACAUCGGGUACCUCGGGUGGAUGUGUCAGACCAAUGGCUUCAGCUGGACCCAGUCAACAGGACACACCUGGGCUGAUACGUAUGCAGUGCCCACAACACGGUCAACCGGCCGAGCAGUGAUGGGACCUUCCUUGAUGUCAUCUGGCCCCCAGGACUGCCCCAGCCCGCUGAGUGGUGCCAGGAGGCCAGGACAGCAGGGCACCGUACCCCCGGUACCAGAUACAGGCCUAGUACAGGGGUUGUAACCUUCUCCAGGGGGAGGGGAGAGGUGACCCUGAGCUGCCAGGCCGCAUCCAGCCCCCCGAGUCACUAGGCGGCUCGUGACCACAGUCCGGUCCACAGCGGGCCCGUCAUCGCCUGCGCCAGCCGCGCCCACGCGGGCCUGUACACCUCGCCCCGCAGCAGCCGCCUGGACACCCGCGCCCAGACCGCCACCAGGCUCAGCGUCCGGCGGGAGUAUCCCCCUGAGGGCCAGCCCUCUUGAACUGUGCCCCCCACCCUCGGGGCUGUGACUUUGGUCUGCACCUGGCCCAGGGGGCUUCCAACUGCCCAGCUGCCUGGGGGAGGGCCCCAGGGAACUGGCCCUACUGCUCUCAGCAACGUCACCUGGAGUCCAGCCGCCCGGCUCCCCAGCGGCAGUGUGUUCGCCUGCACCGGCCAGCACCCGGCCCUGGCGCUGCCCACCCUCUGCAGGAUCACGCUGUGGGACCCCCCGCCCCGGAGCCCUACCUGCUGGACCACAGCCACCGUGGGAGACCAGUUCCUCAUGCUGAGCUGUGAGUGGCCUGGAGGCGAGCCCCCUGCCAUGCCGAGCUGGCGGGAUGGACAGCAGCAGCCCCUCGCUGCGUCUGUCCAUCUGCUGCAGGCCCAGGAAGACCUGGCUGGCUGAGAGUUCACCUGCCGGGGUACUCGCCCCCUCAGGGUCCCUGACCCCCACUGCCAGCUCCAGCUGGAAGCUCCGCAGCUGGCGGUGGCCCAGCCCAGGCCGGUGCCGGGAGGCGGAGAGGCCAGGCUGGGGUGCGCCCUCCUGGGGGACACGCCGCCCGCCCCGCUCCUCUGGCAGGGACCCCGGCGGCGGCUCCACCUCGCGGAGCCCCCCUUCAGCGCCUAUCCGGCAGUGCUGGGUGCAGCGGGCACAGGAGUGGUGGUGGCAACGGUGGCCUCCCUCCUGGUGUUCCAGCAUGCUGCCCGGCACCCCGAGACUUUGCCCUGCCUUGGUCAGUUGCUUGUUCCCAUGAGACAAAGUCACCAAUACAGGGAUUCAAGGGAAGGCCUGGAGGCACCAGCAGACCUUGAACCACCACCCACCACCCCAGGCUCAGAUCCUGCACAAGAACCCACAGAUGCCCUAGUUAACGUCACCAUCACUGUGACCAUGACCUCAUGA